AACGAUUCAUGAAAUAUGGGUUUAUGAAUGAAUGUUAACAUCGCUCUUUCUUUUCGGAUUUAGUUCUCUCGGUUCUCAGCUAUCUUUCCUCGCCAUUGCCGGCAGAGAACAAUUGCGCUUUUUGGUUGCAGUUCCUGACGAGAAGCUCAGUUUCCUAGGGUUUGUAUUCCAUGGCGUCGCACGCUCAUCUCGAAGAUGACGAUGAUUUUGGAGGCGAUUUUAAUGGAACACAUAACAAUAGGCAGUCAGGGAAUAAGAGAGGUUUUGGCGAUCUCGAAGACGAUGAGGACGACUUCUUUGGCUCCAAAAAGGCUAACUCUAAAGUAGAAGAAACUGCUCCAGGUGUAGCGACAAGAAUGAUUCUGUCGCUUCGUGAGAGUCUUGAAACAUGCGAGGAUACACUUGCUACAUGCCGGACAGAGCUUGAAACUGCUAAGUCUGAGAUUCAGAAGUGGAUUUCUUCAUUUCAAAAUGAGAAUUUCAUUCCUUCUGGAACUUCCCCUGAACCUAAAUACGUGGUCAAUUAUCUUCAAUCACUGAAGUCAUCAGAGGAGUCUCUAAGAGACCAGCUAGAAAAGGCAAAGAAGAAAGAAGCUGCUUUUAUUGUCACGCUUGCAAAACGAGAGCAGGAGAUUGCAGAGUUGAAGGCUGCAGUCCGGGACUUGAAAGCACAGCUGAAGCCACCAUCAAUGCAGGCAAGGAGAUUAUUGUUAGAUCCUGCAAUUCAUGAAGAGUUUACUCGUCUGAAGAAUUUGGUUGAAGAGAAAGACAAAAAAGUGAAGGAGCUGCAAGAUAACAUUGCCGCAGUCAGUUUUACUCCAUCUAGCAAAAUGGGUAAAAUGUUGAUGGCUAAAUGCAGGACUCUGCAAGAGGAAAAUGAGGAGAUAGGAAAUCAAGCUGCUGAAGGAAAGAUGCAUGAGUUAGGAAUGAAGUUGGCCUCGCAGAAAGCUCAAAAUACAGAACUUAGAAUUCAGUAUGAAGCCUUGCAGAAUCAUAUGGAAGGGCUGACAAAUGACGUUGAGAGAUCAAACGAAUUGGUUAUUGUCCUGCAAGAGAAACUAGCAGAGAAGGAACGCCAGAUUGAAACUUUGAAGGAAACUUUACAACAGCCGAGGAGCCCAUUAGUUGAGGAUAAAGCUGUUUCCCCACCCACCGAGAAGCCCAAAGACGAGAUGAUUAUAUCCACCGAUGCCGAAAGCUGAGAUGAUGAUGAUGAUGAUGAAACCAUAUCACCUCAUACUAGUUUUCAUAAUUUUGCAUCUAAUCAACUAUUUUCCUCCUGUAAAUUGCACUCCAUUUUAACUCGGCUCUGCUUACCAGUUCAAAAUUGAGGACAAUUUUUAAUUUUAAUACAUUAUCGUUACAUUUU